AUGGGGGUCAAUAAAAGAGAGGAGGGAGGAAUUGUACCCGAUCCAGAUAUUGAUACUUACAUGAAGGCAUCUUCAGCAUAUUUUUCUAGUUUAAAUCUGAUGUUUUGUUCUGUAUGCUGUCGGUACUUGUAUGAAAUGUUCAUGACAAAGGUUGUUAUAACAGAAGGAAAGGUUGUGUAUCAAGGACCACGUGAUCAAAUUGUAGAAUUUUUCAAGAACUGUGGAUUUAGGCGUCCUCAAAGAGAAGGUGUAGCUGACUUUCUUCAGGAGGUGAUAUCUUGA